CAGAGACUGAAGUCCAAAUACUCUCUCACUCGCCGCUCUCACCCAAUCGCUUUUCCUCGCUGCUGCCUGUGCCGACCUUCCGAGAGGUAUCGUCCUCUUCCCGAAUACUUUUGCGUGAAGCCGACUAUCGACGCCCGUAUAGCAGCACUCGUCCUCCUUUGUCAAAGUUGCAAUGGCGGAACAAUUCAUUGACACGACAGCCGAGCUCGCGAGCGAGGAAGAAGAUGAGGAUUUUGAUGAGGAAACAGGAGAGGUUCGCCCACGGCCAAAGCCCGCUGCCAAUUUUGAGGACUCCAGCGAAGAGGAGGAGGAAGACGACGAGGAACGUCUGCGGCAGGAAGGAGCCGGGUUCAUCGCCGACGAUUCCGACGAAGAUGAAGUUGAUGAAGACCGUGCCGCGCGGAAGAGGAGAAAGAAACGCAAGAAGCGCGAGGAGAUCGAGGAGCUUGACGAAGAGGAUUUGGACCUGAUUGGGGCCGAUUACGAACCUCGAGAGCAGACCCAGAGCAAAUUCAAGCGCCUGAAACGGGGCCACAAGGAGCGCGGCCCAUCACGCGGCAUCGACGAUAUCUUCGCUGAUGACGAAGAAUUGGAAGACGAUGAAUAUGGCCGACGGCCUGGCGGUAUCGAGAACGAGUUUGCCGAUUUCAUUGAGGAGGAUCGGUUCGAGGAUGAGAUCGCAGACGAUCGCGAAGUUGGACAGCCCGGCAUAAACCUUAUAACCAGCGGUCUUCAGGCUGCGGGUCUCGAUGAAGGAGCUGAAGAAGACUACCGAGCGGCGUUCGGCGACGGCACUGAGUAUGACUGGGCGAUUGAGCUUCAAGAGCGCCAAGACUACGAGGAACAGGGCGAAGGUCGUGAGCUGCAGCUCAAGGACGUGUUCGAGCCUUCACAGCUCGCUGAGCGCAUGCUUACGGACGAGGACAUUGUCAUCAGGGAAACAGAUGUGCCCGAGCGUCUUCAGCUUGCGCGUAAACCUUUCAAGCCGCUGGAGAUCACUGACGAGGCUAUGGCGGCGCGGCUGACUGAGGAGGCAACGUGGAUCGCCAAACUCCUCUGGCCCAAAAAGCCCCUUCCUGGUUAUUAUGAGAAACCGUUCCGGAAAGCAGUCCGCAAGGUACUCGAGUUCCUCAAUCUGGAAGACUAUGAAGUACCCUUCAUAUUCAAUCAUAGGAAGGAUUAUCUCAUCCAUGCACCCACCGAUCAGCUUGAUGAUAUGGAUGGAGACGCUCCGCCGGAUGCCAGACCUGAACGACUUCUCAAUCAAAGCGAACUUUGGGAGGUAUUUGAGCUGGAUCUCAAGUUCAGGGCUUUCUCGGAGAAGCGGGAUGCUUUGCAGAUGACUUAUGAGAAUCUGAAGAGUCUCGGGGAACACAUUCGCGAUCCAGUUAUUGAGGAUCUCAUUGGCAAAGCCGUCACCAUCGAAGAAGUGCAGGAGCUCCAGGAUUAUCUUCACUUCCAGUGGUCGUCCGAAAUGAGGGACCUGCGCCUCGCAGAAUCGGAAAAUUUCGGUACCCAAAAGCGAGCUAAUAGUGCAAGGUCAUUUUUCGACAGGAUAAGGGGAACUGCCGCUUACAGCUUUGUCCACGCUAUUGGCGUGAAACCAGACGACUUAGCGCGACGCGCCGAAGCUGGCACACGCGAUUUCGAAAUUGAGGAUCCUUCGCAAAGUCCCGAGGACCUGGCUGAAUCGCUGGUCCAAGAGCCGCAUUAUUCAAGUGGUGCUCAGGUACUCAGGGAUGCGAAGGCCACCUACAUACAAGAGCUUCUGACAAGUCCGAGGUUGCGUAGAUAUGUUAGAGCAAACUUUUACCAGUACGCCCUUAUUGACUGCAUCCGGACAGAUAAGGGACUGCGGAAAAUCACCGAGGAUCACCCCUACUAUGAGUUCAAAUAUCUUCGUCGUCAAUCAUUUCUGGAUUUGCAUGGACGACCGGAUCUCUUUCUGAAGAUGCUCAAAGCCGAGGAGGAAGGACUGAUACACGUCAAAAUUCGCAUGGAUGGCUACGACAGUUUCAAGCGGAAACUACAAACGUAUAUUGUGAAUGACAGUGUCAGCGAAAUUGCGGACGCUUGGAAUUCACUCCGAAAAGAGAUGCUUGACACCGCCUUAGACAAGAUGCAGGCGGCAAUUGCGACUGGAGUCAAAGAGACGCUGCGCGCACGAUGUGAAGAUGAGCUUGCCAGUCGUGCAAGGGAGAACUACGCGAACAAGUUGGACCAGGCUCCAUUCAAGCCUCGAGGCGCCCUUCCCGGUUCAACACCCAACGUUAUCGCCAUCUCCAAUGGAAAGGGCGCGCGGGGCGAUGCUAUCUGCUGGGCCUAUGUCGAAAACGAUGGUCGUGUGCUGGAAAACGAUAAACUGACCGACUUUCGACUUGGUAACCCGGACCGCAAUAUCCCACCUGGCAAAGACGUCGAGAAGUUUGUUGAAGUCCUUCGCCGCCGCAAACCGGAUGUGAUAGGAAUAAGUGGCUUCUCGGUCGAAACUCGGAAACUUUACAAAGACUUGCAGGAAGUCAUCAAGGAAUACGAUAUCCAGGGCAAUACGUAUGACGACGAUGAUGGCAACGAGAAAAGCGACCCGCUCGAGGUGGUGAUGGUCAAUGAUGAAGUUGCGCGCCUGUACUACAAUAACCCGCGUGCGGUCAAGGAGUUUCCCAAGCUGCCGCCACUUACCCGGUAUUGUGUGGCGCUCGCCCGCUACCUCCAGAACCCUCUGGCCGAAUACGCUUCGCUGGGCAAGGAUAUCAUCUCCAUUCCGUUCGUCGCUAACCAAACACUCAUACCUCAAGAGAAACUUCUAGAUAGGCUGGAGAACGCCAUGGUGGACAUGGUUAACCUUGUCGGCAUAGACCUUAGGGAGGCUUAUGACGAUCCCUAUCUUUCCAGGUUACUGCCGUACGUUUGUGGCUUGGGUCCACGAAAGGCUGACAAGCUAGUCAAGGCCAUACAAGCAAACGGAGACGAGAUCUUGUCUCGCUUCGAUCUCGUCGGCCUUACGAUCGCAGAAGGUGAUCGCCGGGAACUCAAAGCGGCCAUGGGUCCUAAGGUCUUUCAAAACGCGGCAAGCUUCCUCUAUCUCGAGUUCAACUUGCACGAGGAGACGUCUGAUUACCUGGACAACACCCGUGUUCACCCGGAAGACUAUGAUCUUGCACGCAAGAUGGUUGCCGAUGCGUUGAACUUGGACGAGGAAGAUAUCAAGGCAGAAGUUGACGAUGGCGGUCCGAGCGCAGUUGUUCGACGAAUGAUCCGUGAUGACCAGACGGACCAGAUCAAUGAGCUGAUCCUCGAAGAUUACGCUUCAGAGAUCGAGAAGAAGCUGGGCAACCGCAAGCGUGCCACGUUGGAAACCAUCCGUGCUGAACUUCUUGAGCCCUAUGAAGAGAUUCGCCAGUCAUUUGCGAACCUCUCGGCGGACGAAAUCUUCACGAUGCUGACUGGUGAAACCAAGGACUCGUUAUAUGAGGGCAUGGUCGUUCCGGUGCAGAUCAAACGGACCUUUUCGGACCAUAUCGAAUGCAAGCUUGAGUGUGGCAUCGAAGGAGUGGUGGAUGAUACACAGUUCCCAGCAGGUGUAGGCCUCAAUGGACAGGAGCCACGCCAUGUGUUCCACCUCCAUCAGACCGUACGAGCUCGGAUUGUAUAUCUCAACCGCAAAGCACUCACGGCCCAAUUGUCUUUGAACGAGGAAAUCAUCCGGAAACCUCCUCCGCGAGCUUUUGAGAGGAUACCUGGCGAAUGGGAUGAGCAACAGGAAGCCGAAGACAAGAAAAGCGCGGAGCGUGAGAAGGAAGUUGCUGCAGGUCGUCCGAUGCGUGUCGUUAGCCAUCCUCUCUUCUAUCAGUUCAGCGCUCAACAAGCCGAGGAGUUUCUCGGCAGCAAAGAGCCGGGCGACGUUGUUAUCCGGCCUUCCUCCAAGGGUCUCGACCAUCUUGCUGUCACCUGGAAGGUCGGAGACAACUCAUAUCAGCACAUAGACGUGCUAGAGUUGGACAAGCCUAACCCAUACUCUCUUGGCAAGCAACUUCGUGUCGGGAAGUACACAUACUCCGAUCUUGACGAGUUGAUUGUCAGCCACGUGGAGGCCAUGGCGAGGAAGGUCACUGAACUGACUAAAGACGAACGGUUUCUACAUCAAGGCAAGGAGUACGCUGAUAACUGGCUCAACCAAUACUGUGCCGCCAACCCAGGUCGCUUCAUGUACGCCUUCUGCGCCAUGCCGAAAUACCCUGGUUGGUUCUGGCUCUGCUACCAGGCAGGUGACAAGGGUCCUAAGGGUGCUUGGCCUAUAAAGAUCAUCCCGAACGCGUUUGAGCUUGAGAAGAAUCCUUACCCUGACAUCACUUCUUUGAAGAACGGAUUCAAGAUGAUGUUCGCUGCGAAGUUCCCCGCAGCCGGGGGCAGGCCGCCGUUCAGGCGUUGACUGGAUAUCCCACAGGACUCGGGAUCGGAGAGAGGAGGAGUUUGGUGGUUGGGAAUGGUUGGAUUUGGCUUCGAAAGUGUAUUGAUAUCUGUCGGUUCUUAGUGGCAUUUGGAUGAUAUUCAUCCAAAAAGAGUUGGGGUCAGAAUGGGUCUAGGGUUAGUGUCCCUUUGGGGCUUUUUCGCGAUUGAGAUUGAGCGGUGCAAACGAGGCUGGUAUGGGUUGGAAGGUACCCGUAAUGCCUACAUAUAUAGAUGUAAUGCGUGCGGUUCAAUCACCGAAACGGAAUGAAAAGCUUACUGGCAG